GCGGGUGCGGUGAGGAUUCGGCUGCGGGGUGGUGAGACCUUUUGAGCCAGGAGUCCCUCCUCCUUCCCUUUGGCCACUGGAGCUCCUGCCAAAACCGUUGCCUACGGGCCCAGAAAUUAAGCUGAGCGUGUAUUUCUCCUGUUCUGGGCCAACGUGGUGAACCGGCAAAUCUGAAAGAAUUCUUUCUGGAAGCUAAAGUCCUGCUGCGGCUAUUCAUAAGAGCUCUUAUUUUCCCUUCCCCAUUCACUGUCAUUUUAAUGUUCCCACUUUUUUUCCCUCCCCAUUCACUGUCCUUAGAAUGAGUCGGAAAAGAGGAUCUAAGUCUUAGUUCUUGGUCUUGCUCAUGUUCCCUGAAUUUGGUUCAGGGGAUCAAUUUGCUUUCCUCCGAACCCCAGUUAUCAGACCUGCUCAAAUCUCAGCAUUUCUCCAGGAUCACCCUACGCCCGGAUGGUGUGGAAUACAGCACAUUCACUUGUCACCGAGCCGCCAUUCUGGUUCUAAGGCUGCCUCUCUCCACUGGACUGGUGAGAGGGUUGUCAGUGUUUUGCUCCUGGGUCUACUUCCAGCUGCUUAUUUGAAUCCUUCCUCCACGAUGGACUACUCCCUGGCUGCAGUCCUCACUCUCCAUGGUCACUGGGGCCUUGGACAAGUUGUUACCGACUACGUGCAUGGGGAUGCAUUGCAGAAAGCUGCCAAGGCAGGCCUUUUAGCACUCUCAGCUUUAACUUUUGCUGGGCUUUGCUAUUUCAACUAUCAUGAUGUGGGCAUCUGCAAAGCUGUUGCCAUGCUGUGGAAGCUCUGACCUUUUUGUCUUAAAACCUUGAGAAUCGAUUGUGCACCUCUUUGCCUCUGCUCUGUCAUGCUAUUCAUCUCACAAUCAGGAAGAAAUAACAGAUAAGUCCAUUGGUGAGAUAAACCUCUUCUCCACAUCACCUGAUUAGUUUUGGAAUUUAAUCUGUGAGGCAGAGGUUUGAGAGGAAUUAUAUCCAAGAAAUUGUGGAACUGAAUUCCAUAUUCUCGUGAGUUACUAAGGUUGUCUUCCCAGCUUCCCACAAGAUUCACAGUGCAACUGAACAUUAUAUAUGAGCUUUUGCAUUUUAAUUGAUCAAACUCUUGAAGGGAAUUCAGCUUUAUUACUAUCAAUACCUAAUCAAACUGCUAUAUUUUCCCUGGGAGAGAUGGAUAAGGGGAAAACUAUUAAUUCAUAAGUGAAGACAACAGAAAGUUAGGCAGCACCUGAUGUUUGAAAACUUCUUUGUUCAGUUGAUACCAGUUACUGAUGGUUAUACGUCUUUGGGAAUCUUUAAAGUUUGGAAAUGCUGAUAUUUCACAUUACUAAUUUCUAAAUUCUGGAAAACUGCCUGGAGAGCUUUUGAAUAUAGAGAACUUCCAUGUAGGGAAGAGGUCCCUUGUAUCAAAAUAUUACAGAUUCUAAACUGAAACUUAAUCUUCAAAUGUAUUCAUUUUACUUGUCCUGAAAUGUAUACAAAUAUAAAGCUUUAAAUAAUAAAUUGUUAUUUUCCCACUGAGACUCUUUAAUGUGAAACAUUCUAUGAAAAUAAAGGUUUUUUAAAAUAAAA